AUGAAGAAGACAAAACCCCGAGUUGCCAAGACAAAGCUUGUCCCUGUCCGAAGAUCACUAAGAUUUUCAAACAAAUCAGCUCCGCAGUUCAAAGAGGUCACGCUUUACGAGCGCGUGCAGAUUCCUCGAAGAGUAACUCAAAAGCCGAGGGAUUUUUCGAAUCGGGUUUAUGCUUCGGAUGAAGCAAGGGAACGUGCAAUGGGAAAAGCAGAGAAGUUGGAAUCAAGUCUCGGGUCCGACCACCCGACCUUUGUGAGAUCAAUGCUCCCAUCCCACGUUAGCGGAGGUUUUUGGCUGGGACUUUCUAUGUCUUACUGCAAGAGGAUACUCCCUAAGAAUGAUGGAGUGAUCCAAUUGGUAGACGAGCAAGGGGACGAGUGGCCGGUUAUCUAUUUGGCUCGUAAAACUGGGCUUAGCGGUGGCUGGAAAAAGUUCUCCAUUGAUCACAACUUGGUUGAUGGCGAUGCUCUUGUUUUCCAGUUGAUCAAACCAUCCGUGUUUCGCGUCUUCAUCAUAAGAGUUGAUCAUUCUGGCAGUGCCGCCAAUGACAAAAAAUGA